CCCUUUCGAUCUUUCUUCUUCUUCUUUCUCCCUUCGCUUUCGAUCUUUCUUCUUCUUCUUUCUCCCUUCCCUUUCGAUCUUUCUCCCCUCCCUCCCUCCCUCCCUCCCUCCUCCAAAAGGCAAUCCAAGCCGCCAUUAGCGAUGCCUUCAAAACUCCCGAAGUCAUCCGACUCUUCGCAAAGAAGCAACCCGGACAACUUCGACAAAGAUUCUCAGAUGUUAGCGAGUGACCGGGUAAUCUCGGCGAUUGUUUUUAUUUCACGUGUUGUGGUUGCGUGACUCUGAAUUUUGCAGCUGCAACGAGACGUGAAGGUUGGGAGGAUAUCGGAGGAUGUGUACACGCAGCAGGGGGUUGAGAUUCUGUCGGCUCUCAGGGAAAACUGGGAGAGAAGUUAACGCCUGUGGAAAUGGACUUUCUGGCCAAGCACACCAGCCAAGCACUCAGCGCAUUUCAGGAAGUGGGAGGAGGAGGUGGAGGGAGUGAAAAACUCUUGGCCAUGGCGGGCUCACAAGUCAAGAGUGCAAGACAGUAAACUGCCCCCCGAUGAUGUCAUUCUGACAUCGUUCACAAUGAUGAAAUUUUUAUGCUAAGAGAUCACACUCUAUGCUGUUGUUGUUUGUA